CUGAAAACAAACAAAAAGAAACAACCUCAAGAGGGCUGGGCAAAAGAUACAAAGCUCUCUAAGGCGGUGGGACUCCUCCUCUUGACAACUGACUUCUCCUUUAAAUGUCUGCAAAGGCAGGCUCCAGCUAGAGUUGCUUUUGUGGCUGCUGGGGGAAAGUCUCCUUCGGGCUAGGGCACUGGCCUCUCCGAGGCUCACCGGCCACAUGUGCCAGCUGACACAGGCAGUUCCUACGCUUCCUCUUUUCUGAGCCUCCCACCUCUGUGCUGAUUUUUGUGCUUCCUUCUGGAAACCUUUCCUCUACCUAAUGCCAGCUAAGAGGCCAGGCGGAGACAGGGAUCAGCCGGCACGUGUGGCCGGGAGGAGAAGCAAAGCGGAAGGGCAGCCUGCGUGGCCAGUUCUCAGAGGAGCAGUUGAAGCUGUGAGGCAACUACAGUGAAAGCCUUGGCAGAGUCCUGCUCCUGGAAGUGCCCGGGGGAGGGAGGGUGUUUACAUCCAGGAUGAGGAGGUCUCCAGAAGUGGUUGUCAUGUGAGCUGGCUAUGAGAAACUGGAGUGGAUUCCUGAGCAGAGUGCCACCUGCCCAGGGUCUGAAGACAGGAGGGCAGGAGUGUUCUUGUGCAUGGAGCCAGUGAAGAAGGCCUCCUGAUGUCUGCUUUGCUGGUGGUCUGGGCUGUGCUCCUGCACUCGGGGUUCACCAGCUACCUGGCCAGCGGAAGGACGUCAUGGCGACAUUGCACAGACUUGCGCCCCCUGGAUAUUCUCUCGGAAGUGGUUCCGACUAGUGGUGUGAGAAGUGGGAUUCGGAUGCUCCAAGUGCAGGGGGCACGUGGGUUUCAGUUCUCUGCAUCAGCACGCCAUGCCCUGAGCUUCCCGGCUUCCCAGAUUUUCCUCUACUGUGACCUCUUCCCAGAGGAAUUCUCCAUCAUCAUCACCCUGAGGGUCCUCAGCGUCCCACCAAAGAAAAACGAGUAUGUCUUCACUGUGAUGAAGGAGGAGAGCAACACGGUGCUUGUUGGGCUCAGGUACUCGCUGAACAAACUCUACUUCCUCUUCUGGAGCAGAGAGUUCUCCAACAGCUGGCAGACCCAGGUCACCUUCCAGGGCAUCUCCUUAACUGACAACCAGUGGCACACACUUGUCUUGGCCGUGUCUGGGCCAUUCUUCUCCCUAACUGUGGACUGCAGUAUCCCCAUUGACGUGGUGGUGGAUACACCGUUCCCCGCAUCCUUGGCUGUGAAGGGAUCCAGGUUUUAUGUUGGGAGCAGGAGGAGAAGGAAAGGGCUAUUCACGGGCUUGUUAAGACAGCUAGUCCUGUUGCCAGGAUCUGAUGCUACCUCAAGGAUGUGCACUAACAUGAACUUUAAGCUAGCAGUGCUCUCCAUCCCCCCAGUACUGCAGGAUCUCCCAGUGAAGCCAGCGAGCAAUGAGGUGCUGAAAUACCCUGACGAGGCUGAUAUGAAAGUGACUCUGGGAUCCCGACCUCCCUGCACGAAGAAUGAAAAGGCCCAGUUCUGGUUUAACGCUUCUCAGAAAGGGCUCUAUCUAUGUGAUGGGAGUGCAUGGAUCGCCAUGCUAGAAGUCAAAGAGAGGCUGGACUAUGUAGAAGAAUAUCAGAACUUGAUGACCAACUCUGAAACCAUGGGCAUCGAGAUCUUCGUCAUUCCAAAGGUGGGGGUUUUUGCGGCCACAGCCAAUCGGUACACUCCACCUGGGUCAGCUAUCUACAAAUGGACUGAUGGAAAAUUCCUGUCUUACCAAAACAUCCCCACCUACCAAGCUCAAUCCUGGUGCUAUUUCACCAUAGGAAAAAAGAUCUUCCUAGCAGUGGCUAAUUUUGAGCAGAAUGAAAGGGGUCAGGAGUUCUCUGUAAUUUACAAGUGGAGCCACAGAACAGAGAAAUUCUUCCCGUACCAGCGGAUCGCCACGCACAGCGCUAGGGACUGGGAGGCCUUUGACAUUGAGGGAGAGGCCUUCCUCGCGGUUGCCAACCACCGAGAAGGGGAUAAUCACAACAUCAAUAGUGUCAUAUAUCGGUGGAACCCCAGGACUGGGCUUUUCGAGGCCAACCAGACAAUUCCUACCUCUGGAGCCUACGACUGGGAAUUUUUUACCGUUGGACCUUACUCUUUCCUAGUCGUGGCCAACACAUUUAAUGGCACAUCUACAAAGAUCGACUCCCACAUCUACAUCUGGCUCGGUGGCUCCUUUCAGCUCUUCCAGUCAAUCCUGACUUUUGGUGCUGCCGACUGGGAGGUCUUCCGCAUUGGAGACAGAAUCUUCCUCGCUGUGGCUAACAGUCACAGUUAUGACAGUGCAACCGUUGUGCCGAACAACCACUACGCCAUCAACUCCUCCAUCUAUGAGCUAAACAUCACGGCACAGAUGUUUGUCAAGUUUCAGGAUCUUCUCACCUACAGUGCUCUGGACUGGGAGUUCUUUUCAGUGGGAGAAGAUUAUUUUCUGGUGGUAGCAAACUCCUUUGACGGAUUCACCUUCUCUGUGAACAGUAUUAUAUACAGGUGGCAAGGGUAUGAAGGCUUCGUAGCGGUUCAUCAUCUUCCGACGUUUGGCUGUCGAGACUGGGAAGCGUUUCACACAACAGCGGGCUCCUACCUCAUCUACUCCAGUGCCAGGGAACCACUCUCCAAGGUGCUGAAGCUGAAAACCGUCUGAUCAGAUAUUCAGUGAUGUCCAUUUACUCCCAGGAGCGGGACAAACCCAGGCAAAGAAGUGACUUGUCCAGCUCUGCCCAGGCUAGAAUUAUCCCCCUGCAGGAAAUACGCCAACUCAGGAAUGCUGGGAAAGUCUGAAGCCUCAGCGCCAAAUCCCUGGGGUUGGUUGAGCUGUGCUCUGCUCAGGACCUGGACAGAUGGGGGAACGUGGUUCUAUAGCACCUAUCCCAUUCCUUCAUCCAGGAGCUGGCCGGGGCACCAUGCGAGCCCAGCUAUGGCUUGAGCCAGCUGGCGGCCGUCAGGCUGGUGCCGUUCUGAGCUCCAAGGAUAACAUGCAGCAGGGGAGAUGGUCCGAGGGCACAAUCUAGUCCUACAUUCAAACCCAUCCUAGGCAGCCAUCCUCUAGCUCACUCUGCAGUAGACCCCAGCGGGUGAGAACACCAGCUCUGAGGAGUGUCCAGCCUCCAUUGGAUUGGUCUGAUGCACAAGCCUUGCAUGGUUAUGUCCUCCAAUAAUGCUGCCCGUGUCCUCCAAGGUGUAUUGAUUCUUGUUUCCAUGCCCGCCUGCCUGUAAUGCUGAGGAGGCGUGGAGUGUCUGUCCAACCUCCUCCCAUUAUUGUAGUUGUUUCCAGUUAUUCCCUGUACGUGACGGGUUCAUCUUGCAGAAAUCAAUAGGUAUAUUUUACAAGCACGCUGAGUAGAUGGAGAUGUAAUGAUUUAUCACCUAUAAUGAUAGAGGCAGUGGUGGCAGUUCCACAGUUACGGCUGCACUGCGAUUUGCACUUAGAGGGAUUUUAGUCCUUAGAGUAGCAGGCCAGAUCCUCAGGUGGUGGAAAUCACCCUCACACCAUUGGGCCCUCGCCCCCCAAUCUGGCAAAGACAUUUUCCCAUGGAAGCAUCUGUUUAAUUGUUUUAGUAAGAUAUUCAGUCAGUCACAGAGGGAACGUUGCAAAAUGCUCCAGUUGCAAUUUUGUCCUGUUUCUCUCAUCCUUCUUUGGGGUCCUCUGCUUAGAAUCAUAGAAGAUUAGGGUUGGAAGAGACCUCAGGAGGUCAUCUAGUCCAAACCCCUGCUCAAAGCAGGACCAAUCCCCAACUAAAUCAUCCCAGCCAGGGCUUUGUCAAGCCAGGCCUUAAAAACCUCUAAGGAUGGAGAUUCCACCACCUCCCUAGGUAACCCAUUCCAGUGCUUCACCACCCUCCUAGUGAAAUAGUGGCUCCUAAUAUCCAACCUAGACCUCCCCCACUGCAACUUGAGACCAUUGCUCCUUGUUCUGUCAUCUGUCACCAUUGAGAACAGCCGAGAUCCAUCCUCUUUGGAACCCCCUUUCAGGUAGUUGAAGGCUGCUAUCAAAUCCCCCCUCACUCUUCUCUUCUGCAGACUAAAUAACCCCAGUUCCCUCAGCCUCUCCUCAUAAGACAUGUGCCCCAGCCCCCUAAUCAUUUUCGUUGCCCUCCGCUGGACUCUCUCCAAUUAGUCGACAUCCCUUCUGUAGUGGGGGGACCAAAACUGGGCACAGUACUCCAGGUGUGGCCUCACCAGUGCCAAAUAGAGGGGAAUAAUCACUUCCCUCAAUCUGCUGCCAACGCUCCUACUAAUACAGCCCAAUAUGCCGUUGGCCUCCUUGCCAACAACUGCUGACUCAUAUCCAGCUUCUUGUAAUCCCCAGGUCCUUUUCUGCAGAACUGCUGCUUAGCCAGUCGGUCCCCAGCCUGUAGUGAUGCAUGGGAUUCUUUCUUCCUAAGUGCAGGACUCUGCACUUGUCCUUGUUGAACCUCAUCAGAUUUCUUUUGGCCCAGUCCUCCAAUUUGUCUAGGUCACGCUGGACCCUAUCCCUACCCUCCAGCAUAUCUACCUCUCCCCCCAGCUUAGUGUCAUCUGCGAAUUUGCUGUGGGUGCAAUUAAUCCCAUCAUCCAGAUCAUUAAUAAAGAUGUUUAACC